AUGGUCUACGAUUGGGACGGGAAACGCGAAAUAUGCUAUCAGAUGUACAUCAAAGAUAGGAAAGCUUUGGAAGAAAUUAUGGAGUACAUGAGGGAUGUGUACCAAUUCUCUCCGAGUAAACGCGCUUUCCAAACGCAAUUUAAACGAUGGGGAUUUCCUUCAAAACAAAAUCCAGCACAUAAAAACCUGCAGCUCGUGACCCGCGUUAAGCAACUUUGGGAGACAAAUACUAGCCAGCGAGACAUGCUUCGGGUCCUGAAUGAAGAAGGGUUUCAAAUAAAAGAGCGCGAAUUGAUGAGAGUGCGAGCAAAAAAUCGCUGGUUACUUCGAGUUCCGAAUGGGGUGAAAGCACAACAGGCUGUGCUGAGUUCCGCUCAAAUACCCGAAGAUGACGGCCUACUGGCGUUACAGCAGGAAGUAUACAAAAGUCCAGAUUCAUAUAAUGAGCCGGAAACUUUCCAGACCGAACCCGCUAUCUCACCCAAUCAGUCCCCGGGUUUGUCACCUGAGGUUGUGGCCAAGCGCAAGGAGCGGCUCGAUCGAUUGAAAGCAGAGAGUGCAGAACGUUGGGCCGCUAGGAAGCGACGUCGACGCACGAGGGGAUGGGCUGGAUUACCGGCCGACCCGCCUGGUCCGCCACGUUUCCCCUCUGAGACCACUAUUGACGAAAGCAAAAGGUAUCUAGACCUUGACAAUGUGGGUUACCGUCAAAUCAGAGAUCGGUUUCAGAACAUCUGCGAGAAGGCGGGCUUCAUUAAGAAGACAAUUGCCGGGCCUGAGAAAUGGCAAGAGGCGAAGAAUACAUUAAUCCAAGAGUCCGAACACCUUCAGCGUGUUUUUUGGGAGGACCCCAACCAACUCGAGGCCAAAUCGCUUGCUCUUGAUGUCGUUUGCACCGAUGUUACCAAGAGAAUGAGGACUUUGGAACGGCGCAUGACCAUUGCCGAGGCCAAGAAUGCACUGGGAGUUAACCCCGAAGAGAGCCGUCAAAUACGCAACGCGUUCUACAAUACCCUGAAAAAUGACCAUUUUACGAGUAAACUGGAGGCGGGUGAUGAGCACUGGAAGGAGCUUAAGGAGCAGUGGAUUGGGGAAUCAGAGCUGCUUCAACGCAUUCUUGCUCCGGGGCCUGUAGACCCUGAGAAUGGCACAAAGUUGAGAGCUAUGGAAGUAUUGUGUCGCGAUGUGAUGAAGCGUCUUCGGGAUGAUCAAACAAAACGAGACCCUUCGCGUAGGCGAAAGGUCACUCCCACUAACAUUCAUGUUUCUGACACGGGAAACACUGGUAUUGUUGAGCCGUUUGAAGGUGAUUUCUCAAACGGGAUCAGUACACUUGCUUCACAGGCUCUCGCCAGCGCGCCGAUAUCAUCUGGUGACUUAACUGAUAUACAAAUCGAUCCAUCACUUCUACAAGCUGCUAAUGAUACGUCAUUCACCGCCUCUGCGCACCCUGAUUCCAGCAAUACUUUCGGUUAUGUGGACCCUAUGUUAGAUUCAUCUAUUACUAUGCCUAUUCCAGUCUAUCUUAGUAUCAGCCCUGAGAGCGAAUUGCAUGCGGGCUCAAAACCCUGGCUUGAUAAAUUAUCAACCAGGUCAAUCACCGAACUAAGGCAGCUGGUUUCUGCCAAAUUCCCUGCCUCUGCUGUUGUCAGAGUCGAGGCUUUUGAUGGAGAUGCAAAUGGAAAUAACAUGGCAUUUGUGGUAGAUGAUGAUGAUGAACUAUAUGGGUAUCUAAACCACACACAAGGAAGAAAGGCAUCGUUUGCCUUUUGUUUGAGUCAUGGAUAG